CUUGAAAGGACGUGUUGCACUUCUCUGCUUUUUGUUUAUGGCGGCUGCAUCUGAAGUACCAAAGUUAAAAUUGAAUAAUGGCGCUGAAAUGCCGGCUAUUGCGUUGGGAACAUUCCUGGGCUUCGAUCAGAAUGGACCAGUGAAAUCCGAGAAUAAGCACCUUCGAGACGUGGUGAUGGAGGCCAUUGACGUGGGUUACAGACAUUUCGACACGGCAACCAUAUACAACACUGAAGACGAGGUGGGGGAAGCCAUUAACAUGAAGAUAAGAGAUGGGAAGGUCAAGAGAGAAGAUGUAUUUGUCACUACAAAGCUAUGGAAUACCCAGCACAAGAGGGAACAAGUGACUGAAGCCCUGAAGACGUCUUUGGAGAAGCUUGGCUUGGACUACGUAGAUUUGUACUUGAUGCAUUGGCCUUUGGGUUUAAAUGACGACUAUACGCACUCCUCUGUGGACUUCAUGGAAACUUGGCGCGGUCUCGAGGACGUGGUCAACCAGGGUCUGGCUAAAGGCAUCGGCGUCUCCAACUUCAAUGAGGAUCAGAUUCGAAGGGUCCUGACUGAGGGGAAUAUAAAGCCGGCAGUUUUGCAGAUAGAGAUACACCCUCAAAUCAUACAAACGGAUCUAGUUUCGUAUGCCCAAUCCCAAGGUCUUGUGGUCAUGGGUUACAGCCCCCUUGGCUCUUUGGUCAUGAGGUUCGGAAUGAUGUUCCCCGGCCCCAGAGUGGAUGACCCAAAGCUGGUGAAGAUUGCUCAGAAAUAUGGCAAGAGUACACCACAAGUGGUAUUGAGAUGGCUGGUGGACAGAAACAUCGUGCCAGUAGCGAAAACGACGAACCCAAAGAGACUGAGAGAAAACAUCAACAUUUUCGAUUUUACUUUAGAAAAGAGCGAGAUGGAAGAUAUCAAUCAGUACGACUCUAAAAAGCGCUACACGCAGCCUUCGUUUUGGCAAAACCAUCCUUAUUACCCAUUCGAAAAGGUCGACAAUCCUAUAGCGGACCCGUUCAUUAAGAAAAAUUAAUAAUUGAAUAAGGUCGAUAUUCCACUAACAGAACCGUUUAAGAGCAAAACAUUAAAGUAGAUUCUGUUAAAGCGAUCUAAUCUGUAUUUAUUUUAAAUCGGAAUUAAAAAUAAAAUUAUGAAAUUGACAUAUAUACGAACCCACGUUUAGGCGAUAAGCUUUAUAGCUUAGCCUA